UGUGAACAGUUUGGGUGGGGCAUUUGUUGACAAUAUAUAAGAGUUUAUCAAGCAUCUAUACCAGUUUGGUUUAACUGUUUUUGAAAAGCCUUUGAAAUGUUCUUAAAUGUAAAUAUGGUCUUAUUUUUUAUCGCCACUGCGUUAUUGCAAUCAGUCACUUGCGAAGCGACACCAUCUUCAGAAAGACAGCGGAGAUCCCCACUGACUUACUACCUUAAUAUUCCAAGUCAGUAUUCACUUAGAAAUUCCCAUUUAAGGUACAAAUAUCAACCGAUUUAUCCCAGUUCCAUAAAUUACCCAACCGUAAUAGGUGGAAGCUAUUAUCCAGGAAUUAGUAGUCCUGUUUUGGGACAGUAUCCAGGAGUUAUCUUCCAAUAUCCAAUUUACGAGACAGUACCUAUUCAGGGACAAUAUCCAAUUCAAUCGCCAAGUUUGCCAGCUGUACCACAAGGAGAUGGGACACCAGCUGGGGGAGUGCUUCUUGAUCAUGAUACUGUUUCUGUAGAUGCUGCUUAUUAAUUAUUAAAUAGUAAUUUAAAUUA